AUGGCCGUCCGCACAACUUCACCCCGCGUCGCACUCAUAACAGGCGCAGCACAAGGUCUCGGACUCGCCAUCGCGCACCGUCUAGCGUCGGACGGGUAUGCCGUAGCUCUGGCCGACUUGCCCUCAAACGAAGUCGCACUGCGCCAGGCCGUAGCAGACCUUCGCGAGAAGGUUCAAGGAUGGUGUACGGUCGUGACCGCGGACGUAUCAAACGAAACUCAAGUCCGCGACAUGAUCUCGCGCGUCGUUCACGAUCUUGGUUCGUUGGACGUCAUGGUAGCAAAUGCCGGCGUCUGCCUAAUGAGACCCAUACUCGAUACAUCCACGACAGAGUUGAACACUAUCCUCUCCGUGAAUGUCCAAGGGACAUUUCACUGUUACACCUGCGCCGCGCGACAGAUGAUCGAGCAGGGGCGCGGCGGGCGCAUCAUCGGUGCUUGCUCGGGCACAGGCAAAAAGGGCGAGGCACUGUUCUCGGCCUAUUCGGCUAGCAAAGCCGCCAUCCGAGCGCUCACUCAGUGCGCGGCGCUCGAGUUCGGACCGCACGGAAUCACUGUGAACGCCUACUCUCCCGGUCCAGUCAAGACGCCAAUGUAUGAAGGGUUUGAGGACGUGUUGGGUGCACCAGAGGGUGCGCUCGAGGAACAAGUGGCGAAGCAGACUGCGUUGGGAAAGAUUGCGACGACCGAGGACGUUGCGGGUAUCGUAUCAUUCCUCGCGUCCGAAGACGCGAAAGCGAUCACAGGCCAAUGCAUCAACGUCGACGGAGGGCGUCACUUCGACUAG